AUGGAUGUUGCCAAUAAAUCACCUGUGUCUGAAUUUAUUUUGCUGGGACUCUAUAAUUCUUGGAAGCUACAGAUGUUUUUCUUCAUGGUGUUUUCAUUGUUUUAUGUGGUUACAAUGGUGGGUAAUAGUCUCAUAGUCAUCACGGUUAUAGCUGACUCUCACCUACACUCUCCCAUGUAUUUUUUGCUUACCAAUCUUUCAAUCACUGAUAUGUCUCUUGCUUCCUUUUCCACCCCCAAGAUGAUUACAGACUACCUCACUGGACACAAAACCAUCUCUUUUGAUGGUUGCAUAACCCAGAUAUUUUUUCAACGUCUUUUUACUGGUACUGAGAUUAUUUUACUCAUGGCUAUGUCCUUUGACAGGUAUAUCGCACUAUGCAAACCCCUCUGCUAUGCUUCAAUCAUAAGCCCCCGAGUGUGUGUUGCUCUUGUGGUGGCUGCCUGGGUUGUGGGAGUCAUGCAUUCAAUGAGCCAGGUUAUAUUUGCCCGUACAUUACCAUUCUGUGGUCCAAAUAAGAUAGAUAGCUUUUUCUGUGACCUUCCUGUGGUGUUCCAAUUGGCUUAUGUAGGUACUUACGUUCUGGGUCUCUUUAUGAUCUCAGCAGGUGGCAUAAUUGCCUUGUCUUGUUUUAUACUUUUAUUUACUUCUUACGUUACUGUCCUGGUUACUAUCAAGCAUCAUUCUUCAGGAGGAUCAUCCAAGGCCCUUUCCACUUGCACCGCUCAUUUUAUUGUUGUCUUCAUGUUCUUUGGACCCUGCAUCUUCAUCUACAUGUGGUCACUAAGCAACUUUCUGGUAGACAAGAUCCUGUCUGUGUUUUAUACCAUCUUUACCCCCAUUCUGAACCGGUAAUCUAUACCUUGAGGAAUCAAGAAGUUAAGACGGCCAUGAGGAAAGUGAAGAAUAGGUUUCUAAACUCCAACAAGGCA